CAAAGUUGCUGAACCGACCCAAUCAGCGCCUUGUUGGCAGUAGCUUGCACGGUGGGGCUGUCCAGCGUGUGGGUGGUCUGCGUCAUUCCGCUUUUGACACGAUGGUCUUCCAGUUUGCGGCCGCACCGGCGGCGAUCCCCGCGCUCAUCACGCUGGCCCUCGGCGGCUGCUUGUACCAGGCGCUCAAGGCGUCGCCGACCUUGCCGCUCGACAUGUACUCGACGAUCGACGACGCCUCGGCCACGCCGGGCCACGGCGCGAUCUACACGUACCGUGGAGAGCCCGUUACCCUCGAGAAGCUCACGCUGCUCGACCAACUGCUCAAGGCCGUCGACGCCUUCCCGAACCAGCCGUUCCUCGGCCGCCGACCCGUGGACGCUGACGGCGUCGCGGGGCCGUUCACGUGGCAGACGUACGCCGAGUGCUACAAGCGCAUCCAGUGCAUUGCGUCGGGGCUCGUCGUGCACAAGAUGCUGGAGCCGACCGACGACGGCCACAAGUUCCUCGGCAUUUACAUGAAGAACCGACCCGAGUGGGUGCUUUCGCAGUACGCAGCGUACCACGCCGGCGCGGCGGUCGUGCCCAUCUACGACACGCUCGGUGUCACCUCCACCGAGUUCAUUCUCAACCAAACCGGCGUGACCACUGUCGUCUGCACCUCCGCCGAGCUCGAAGGCUUGCUCGCCAAGGCCAAAUCGGUGACGUCGUUGCGUCAUAUCAUCCUCGCCGACGUCACCACAAUCGAAGCGUACUUGGUGGUUCGCGCCGGCGCGCUGGAUGUCCGGCUCUGGACGCUGGCCGAAGUCGAAGCCGCGGGCGCGGUCUCGCUCGUGCCGGCCGUGCCCAUUUCGCCAAGCUCCAUGGCGCUUCUCAUGUACACGAGCGGCACGACAGGCGAUCCCAAGGGCGCGAUGCUGUCGCACACGAACCUCGUCACGGUGCGCCAGGGCACGUUUGCCCGCCUUGAGUUUGGCCGCGUCGGCAGGAUGCUCAAGAGCCACCCGAGCGUUCUUUCGUACCUCCCGCUCGCCCACAUUGCCGAGCAAAAUUUGCAGGCGAGCAUGAUUCAUGCGGCCGGCGCGAUCGGUUUUUACCAGGGCGACCCGCUCAAGAUCCUCGACGACCUCCAAGCUCUGCGCCCGACCAUCUUUGCGAGCGUGCCCCGGCUCCUCAACCGCAUUUACGAAAAAGUCAUGGAGGCGGCGAUGGGCGCGGGCGGUAUCAAGGCGUGGCUCUUCGUCACGGCGCUGCACGCCAAGGUCGCGAACCUCGAGCGCGGGUACGCGUCGCACGCGUUCUACGACCGCCUCGUGUUUGGCAAGCUCAAGGCCAAGCUUGGGCUCGACCGCUGCGAACUCUUUUUUGCGGGCGCAGCCCCGCUCGCCCCGCCCGUCCUCUCGUUCUACCGCGUGCUGCUCAACUGCAUGUGUCUUGAGAUGUACGGUCAGACCGAAGUCAGCGGCAGCUCGACGAUGACCGACCACCGCGAGUGCGACGCCGGCACCGUCGGUCCGCCGCUCGUGACAAGCCAAGUCAAGCUCGUGUCUGUGCCCGACAUGGGCUACCUCGUCGACGACACCAAGCACGGCGACGACGACCAAGCGAUGAUCGUUUGCGGGCGCGGGGAAGUGUGCGUCCGUGGCCCCGCCGUCUUUGGUGGCUACUACAAGGACGCUGCGCGCACGGCCGAGGCGCUUGACGCCGAUGGCUGGCUACACUCGGGCGACAUUGGCGUCUGGACGACCGACGGCCGACUCAAGAUCGUCGACCGCAAGAAGAACAUCUUCAAGCUCGCGCAGGGCGAGUACGUCGCCCCCGAGAAGAUUGAAAACGUCCUCCAAGCCUCGCCGUACGUCGCCCAAGUGUUCGUGUACGGCGACAGCCUCCAUGCGAGCCUCGUUGCCGUCGUCAACCCGGACGAAGCGGCGCUGACAGCGCUCGCCGCGACCCUCAACCUCGCGGGCUCGGUGGCCGACUACUGCGCGUCGCCCGAGGUGGCCAAGGUCGUCCUCGCCGAUCUGCAGCGCGUGAGCAAAGCGGGCGGCCUCCUCGGCUUCGAGACCGUGCGCGCCGUGCACCUCGAACCGACGCUCUUUGCGGUCGCCAACGAUCUCUUGACGCCGACGCUCAAGCUCAAGCGCCACGUGGCCGCCAAGACGUACCGGCCCCAGAUCGACGCCAUGUAUACGAGCGUUGGCGCCAAGGCCGCACAAGCCUAGUCUGUCGUCAUGACUGUGAUGUGGACAAGAUUGCUGUGUCAUGUGGA